AUGCAAAUCAUUAUAAAAACUUUGACUGGGAAGAAGCAGCCUAUGAACUUUGAACUCGACAACACUGUUCUUCAAGUGAAACAAGCCUUGCAAGAGAAGGAAGGUAUUAGCGUUGAACAAAUUCGUUUAAUUUUCGGAGGACGCCAAUUGAAUGACGAAAGCAGGCUAACUCCCACCUACGAGUGAAUAAAAAUUUUAAUUUUAUAUUAAUUUUUUUCGAAAUUUAAAAAAAUCCGAAUUAGAUUUAAUUUAUUACUUAUUUUUUUUUCAUAAAAGAAUUUUGUUCACUUGCUAAAAAAUAGGGAUUUUAUAAUGGGUUUGCUCGUUAACGGAGGGGGAUUAAGUGACUACAAUCUAACUGCUGGAGCAGUAAUCCAUAUGGUUUUACAACUAAGAUAA